UACCGUAUUUCGUUGUCCCGCUACAUAAGCUUGGUUCACUAGGUGUGCAUUAUUCUGAUAUUUUUCGGGUGAAUUCUCGAUGGUGGAAUUUCGAUAGAAACCCCGUAUAUUUAGGAUUCGUUGAAGUUUGUCGAAUAUGAGAUGAUAGAUCGCUGAGUGAGCGAAAAGAGAAAAGAUGGAAGAAGAAAGCUGUGUUGAGGAGCAACGUGUUCCUACAGAGAAGUUCAACAAGACCGGGGAGGAUCUGAAGAAACGCGAAAUGGAGGUCGUCAAGCCUGAAGACAGCAGAGUGCGUGAGAUUAUCAGCAAUGGGUUGCAGGAAGAGGUGCAGGAAAUCAGACAAGACAUUUUGGAGCUUGUCAACAACCGAAUGAACGAUAUGGUAUCUCAAAUACUUCAGAGAGUGAACAGAAUAGCUUCGAAUGAGUCAAACGAUCUCGUUGACUCAGAGAAAUACUCCAACAGAACGAAACACACGGGAAAAGGUAUACUGCCUACCAAACAAUUUCUCCAAAGAAACUCCCUGUUGACCGAUCUAUACGAGAUCAAACAUAUUCGAACGAUCUAUAAUCUCAUAGUGGCAACGUUGAUAAUUCUGUUGAUACACACCGCAGUUUACGAUAUUCGUCACACUGGCUCGCCUAAUCUCGGCAUCAAUACAAUACGAGCUGGUUUUGGCAAAUUUCCAGUGGUACUUUGCGUUUGGCCACUUAUGAAAGCUUCAGCUCUAGGAGUUUACGUUGCGUUCUGUUAUUGGGCCACUCGUCGUCUCCAGUACUCGCCGAAAUCGUUUGCCAGAAAAAUCUGGGAUUACACGUGGCUAGCAGGCAUGAUUCUUUACGAAACUCUGUUAUUUAUGAUUCCAACCAAAGCUGUGCUGGACAACGAUUUACCGCUAGCUUCUAGCAUGAUCAUUCUCAUGGAACAAAUCCGAUUAGUGAUGAAAACUCAUGCAUUCGUGAGAAGUGUAGCACCGAGAUUUCUGUCGUACAAACCUCACUCAGAAUCUUCAGCGCCAAAACCGCCUGGUUUCUCCAAGUAUCUCUAUUUCAUGUUUGCGCCAACUUUAAUUUACCAAGACAACUAUCCCAGGUCAAAGAAGAUUCGAUGGAACGUUAUUGUGUCUAAUUUCGUCGAAGUAUUGACAAUCAUCGUCUUCGUGGCGCUUCUCUACGAACGUCUGCUAUACCCAAAUUUUCGGGACUAUGGAAAACAACCAAUAGAACUGGGAAUAUUAAUACUUAACAUUCUUAGCUCUAUGCUGCCUGGAAUUCUUCUGUUCCUUUGCGGUUUCUACCUUCUCCUGCACUGUUGGAUGAACGCUUUCGCUGAAUUACUGCGAUUUUCCGACAAAAUGUUUUACAAGGACUGGUGGAACUCUGACUGCUACAGCGUCUACUAUCGCACCUGGAACAUCGUGGUCCACGACUGGCUCUACACUUACAUAUACAAGGAUAUGUACGAGGUUCUAACGCCCCGUAACAAGACACUACCCGUUUGCGUUGUGUUCGCCAUCUCCUCCAUCUUCCACGAGUACAUCCUUUGCUUCACCGUACGCUUCUUUUAUCCGGUGAUGCUGUUCAUGUUCGGUGGCAUCGGUCUCACUGUUGUAUUCGUACUGAAGACAGCCGGGAACGUGUUCUUCUGGUUCAGCCUUAGCGCGGGCAGCGGCGUGAUGGUCAGCUUGUACUGCAUGGAGUAUUACGCCAGGGAGAAUUGUCCAUCGUAUCGGGACGAUUUCUGGGAUCUUGUUAUUCCGAGAAGCUGGACGUGUAUCUUCAAGUGAGGAAGGGAUCGUGACCGUUCUGAAGUUCACUCGGGGAGAAAGUUCUGAUAAUGGAUGUGUGUAUAUGUCUGUGUCUGUCUGUCUGUGUGUGUGUUGCGAAUUAAAGAGGCUGAUUUAGAGAUUGUGCAAGGUACAAUGUCUGAUACGUAAAACGAAGAAAAAGGAACUACGGGAGUGUUUGGAUUGGUUGAACAUGUUCGUUCGUUGUUACGGAUUAAACGGUUUCUCCAGAAAGACUCGUUGUGACUAGUAUUGGAGUCUGGUAACUAGAAAGUGUGUACGGGAAGAUAUCGGUAAUUAUGAGAUACUGGCUGGUACGAAGCGCACGUGAAACCACAUAAAUUAGUACAAGUAAAUGUAAGGUAUCUGAAACAAAACAAAUGAAACAAGGAAUAAUGAAUGAAAUUCGUGGAA